AUGACAUUUCUCAAAAUUGUCAUCUAUCAAUCUCAGUCUAUUCAUAUCUAUCCAAAUCUGCCUGUUCUAUCUAUCUAUCUAUCUAUCUAUCUAUCUAUCUCAGUCUUCUGUUCAAUUCAUCCAAACCUGCCUGUUGAUCUAUCUAUCUAUCUAUCUAUCUAUCUCAGUCUGUUCAUAUCUAUCCAAACCUGCCUGUUAAUCUAUCUAUCUAUCUAUCUAUCUCAGUCUGUUCAUAUCUAUCCAAACCUGCCUGUUAAUCUAUCUAUCUAUCUAUCUAUCUAUCUAUCUCAGUCUUCUGUUCAUAUCUAUCCAAACCUGCCUGUUAAUCUAUCUAUCUAUCUAUCUAUCUAUCUAUCUAUCUAUCUCAGUCUGUUCAUAUCUAUCCAAACCUGCCUGUUAAUCUAUCUAUCUAUCUAUCUAUCUAUCUAUCUAUCUAUCUCAUCUGUUCAUAUCUAUCCAAACCUGCCUGUUAAUCUAUCUAUCUAUCUAUCUAUCUCAUCUGUUCAUAUCUAUCCAAACCUGCCUGUUAAUCUAUCUAUCUAUCUAUCUCAGUCUGUUCAUAUCUAUCCAAACCUGCCUGUUAAUCUAUCUAUCUAUCUAUCUAUCUAUCUAUCUAUCUAUCUAUCUCAAAUCUAUCCAAACCUGCCUGUUGAUCUAUCUAUCUAUCUAUCUAUCUAUCUCAGUCUGUUCAUAUCUAUCCAAACCUGCCUGUUAAUCUAUCUAUCUAUCUAUCUCAGUCUGUUCAUAUCUAUCCAAACCUGCCUGUUAAUCUAUCUAUCUAUCUAUCUAUCUAUCUAUCUAUCUAUCUAUCUAUCUAUCUAUCUCAGUCUUCUGUUCAUAUCUAUCCAAACCUGCCUAAUCUAUCUAUCUAUCUAUCUCAGUCUGUUCAUAUCUAUCCAAACCUGCCUGUUAAUCUAUCUAUCUAUCUAUCUCAUUGUUCAUAUCUAUCCAAACCUGCCUGUUGAUCUAUCUAUCUAUCUAUCUAUCUAUCUAUCUAUCUAUCUAUCUAUCUAUCUCAGUCUGUUCAUAUCUAUCCAAACCUGCCUGUUAAUCUAUCUAUCUAUCUAUCUCAGUCUGUUCAUUUUUCCAAACCUGCCUGUUAAUCUAUCUAUCUAUCUAUCUCUAUCUAUCUAUCUAUCUAUCUAUCUAUCUAUCUAUCUCAGUCUGUUCAUAUCUAUCCAAACCUGCCUGUUGAUCUAUCUAUCUAUCUAUCUAUCUCAGUCUGUUCAUAUUAUCCAAACCUUGUUGAUCUAUCUAUCUAUCUAUCUAUCUCAGUCUGUUCAUAUCUAUCCAAACCUGCCUGUUGAUCUAUCUUCUAUCUAUCUAUCUAUCUAUCUAUCUAUCUAUCUAUCAUCUCAUCUUUCAUAUCCCAAAUUGUUAAUUAUCUAUCUAUCUAUCUCAUCUGUUCAAAAAACCUGCCUGUUAAUCUAUCUAUCUAUCUAUCUCAGUCUGUUCAAAUCCAAACCUGCAAUCUAUCUAUCUAUCUAUCUAUCUAUCUAUCUAUCUAUCUAUCUCAGUCUGUUCAUAUCUAUCCAAACCUGCCUGUUGAUCUAUCUAUCUAUCUAUCUAUCUCAGUCUGUUCAUAUCUAUCCAAACCUGCCUGUUGAUCUAUCUAUUAUCUAUCUAUCUAUCUAUCUAUAUCUAUCUAUCUAUCUAUCUCAGUCUGUUCAUAUCUAUCCAAACCUGCCUGUUGAUCUAUCUAUCUAUCUAUCUUAG